ACUCGGGGCGGGGCCACAAGUCCUCAGAAAAGCGAGUGGGACACGAUCCGCAACAGCCGCCCCGGGAACAUCCUCGCCAUGAGCGGCUACAACAGCUCCGAGGUCCAGGUGGUCUGCAGCCCCGGGCAGCUGUUCCUGCAGCCUCUCUGGGACCGCCUGAAGUCCUGGGAGGCCGUCCUGCACUCGCCCUUCUUCCCGGUCAUCUUCUCCAUCUUCACCUACGUGGGCUUCUGCCUGCCCUUCGUGGUGCUGGAUUUCCUGUGCCCCUGGCUGCCGGCUCUGCGUCGCUACAAGAUCCACCCCGACUUCUCGCCGUCCCCGCGACAGCUGCUGCCCUGCCUGGGGCAGACGCUCUACCAGCACUUGGUGUUCGUGUUCCCGGUGUCGCUGCUGCACUGGGCGCGCAGCCCGGCGCACCUGCCCCCCGAUCCCCCCGAGCUGCUCCAGCUGGUGCGCCACGUCGUGCUCUGCCUGCUGCUCUUCGACACCGAGUUUUUCGCAUGGCACGUGCUGCACCACAAGGUGCCCUGGCUAUACCGCACCUUCCACAAGGUGCACCACAGCAACUCGUCCCCCUUUGCGCUGGCCACGCAGUACAUGAGCGUCUGGGAGCUGUUUUCCUUGGGCUUCUUUGACAUAGCGAAUGUCACGCUGCUCGGGUGCCACCCGCUCACCGUGUUGAUCUUUCACGUGGUCAACAUCUGGCUGUCGGUGGAGGACCACUCCGGCUAUGACUUCCCUUGGUCGACCCACAGACUGGUGCCUUUUGGCUGGUACGGCGGCGUGGCGCACCACGACCUGCAUCACUCACAGUUUAACUGCAACUUCGCUCCCUACUUCACACACUGGGACAAAAUCCUGGGGACCCUGCGUCUUGCAGCCCCCCGAGGGCAAUGGUCUGAGGGCAGUGGGUGCCCCUCAGACACGGGACAGCUGUGCAAUCCACAACUGAAUCGGAAGAAACACAUCUGAGCUAUAUAUUUUUUUAAGCAAGUAACUUAUUAGCUGAUAAAAACUGUUACAGAUAAAAUCUGAUGUAUUUUUGCUAUCUGACAAAGUAAUUUAUAUACUGUUUGUAUAUUAAGAUAGUUGUUUUCUUUGUAUCAAAUUCUAGCUCACUUCCAUAGUGUGGAUUCCUAGAUAUAAAGUGGACACCCAUCCUGGCCCAUUCAAGCCACCUCUAAGGGGAUUUGCUUGCAGUAAGAGGAAUUUCCUAUGUUGAAAGUGCCCUAGAACUUGGUUGAAUGUAUUUUUAUGAAGGAUGCAACUUCUGACUUCAUAUUCCUGCUGGACAGUGACCAAGAUGAUAGCCUUUUCUACUUGUUCAUAGAAUUGUAUAUUUAUGUUGAAAGAAAUAUAAUUUGUACUUAAAAAAAAAAAAGUCGUGACUCCUGAUGCACUGGCAUUUUGAUGAAACUGAAAAAGGAGGGGGGACUUGGAGGGCAGGUGUUUUGCAGAGCAUCCUCAGCCCUGCCAGGAACAGAGAGGAGGCUGGGGUGGGCUGUUUUGCUUUGUGUGGCGUUGCUUGUAGGAGGGGAAGCAGGAGAAAUAGUCUGUUUGUUUAGUCUAGAGAUUUUACAGAGGGACAAACUCAGUUAUUCUCAAUGCUUUUCUGCCAAUUGCUGCUUAAUAGGUCAAUGCUAUAAUGCUGGGAAAAUAUUUGAUUAUUUUGUUUGGGGUGUGUUUGGGGAUUUAUAGAAUCGGAGGACUGCCUUGCUUUGCAAAACUGGGAGGUCAAGUAUUUGCACAGAGUAGCUGAAGAAACAGAAAAGAGUUUUGAGUAAGCCCCUGUUCCCAUGAAAUCAUCCUCAGCUAGUGCAAACGACCACAAUGACCAUGCUUUUAAAAGCUGAAGGUUUUGUAUAUUCUGUUUCCUUAAUUAAAACACACAUGAAGAGUGCACAGUCCUUUCUUAAAGAAAGAUAAAGCAAAAUUUGGCCCUGAAUCUCUGGCUUCUCAUCUGUAAAAGGAGAUGGUGUCCCAGAUGUUCUUGUAGAUUACUUGUGACAGUAAGUGUCCCACAUACCUAUCACCCUUCAAGCACCCCAUCUGGCUGCUGCCCAACUGUUAUAGUAUUAACUCUGGGAUGCAAUUCAUAUUUUGCUGAGUUAAAAAUCAAGAUAAUUUAUACAAACACUUCAAAAACAGAAACUUUGCCUGUAAUUCUAGGUUCAAUAUAUAUGAACCAAACAAUCUUUUUCGGAAGGUGAAAAAAAUCCAUUGGAAAACCUGGUCUCCAUGGUCUGCCAGCUUCUGCGACUUCUGAGACAUGGGCUUAAGUCUUCCCAAUGAUUGUCAGGAGGUAGCCAGCAUGUGGCUGCUGGGGAGAUUUGUUCAUGCUCCCCCCAACAUCAUUCCCUUGGCUGCUAGACUGAAUUUACCUCCUCCACUGUCCACAGCAGAACAAGGCUGGGAACUAAAGAUGCCUUCAGUUUAUAAAAGUGAAAUCCACAGAAAGAGGAAGUGAGAUGUGAGGGGAAAAUACUGCUGGAGGUGGUAUAAGAAGGUACUUCAAAGUAUCAUAGAAAAACAGAAUUAAAAGGUAACUUUGUUCUGAUGCAAAAAGGUUUUUCUAAGUCAUGCAUAGUUCUUUUUUUGGUAAUAGACGUUUUCCAUGAAUUUUUUGAAGACCUCAUGUACGCAUGGAUUUAAAAAUUGUUUCACUCACCUUUUAUUCCACUCUCCGUGAACUUUUUGAAAUCCUCUUAUAUUACUAUCAUGAUGAAUGUAAAAUUUGUAAAAGUGUCAUGUUGCCCCACCAUCCAAGGGAAUGUUAGAUUUGGAGCAAGUUUUACACAUGGAAAGUAUCUGAACUUAGAAAUAGAAACACUGUCUCAGGGUGGGUGUUGUGACCCAGCAGAUUAAACAGCUACUUGGGACAUCUGCAUUCCAUAUUGGAGUGCUGUUUCUAGUCUCACUAACUUUAUGCUUCUGAUCCAGCUUCUUGGUAAUGCAUCCUGGGAGGCAGCAGGUGAUGGUGCAAGUGCUUGGGACCCUGCCACCCAUGUAGGAGACCCAGAUGGAGUUCCUAGCUCCUGGCUUCAGCCUGGCCCAGCUCUGGCUCUUGUGGGCAUUUGA